UCCGGAAAAUGAUACUGCUAUCGACUGUAAUACUUCUCUCAGCAGCACUUUUUCUACACUUCUACAACAGGAGAAGAUAUCUACUAAUACGUAAUGUUCCAAGUUUAGAUAUAUAUCCGAUAUUCGGCACGGUUUCAGUAUUUUUUAACUUAAGUCAGACAAAUUUAAAUCAAAUGGUUAAAAACUACUAUGCGAAAUAUGGUAAAUUGGUACACGGUUGGAUUUUUCAUCGACUUUUUGUCAUAUGCAAAGAUGUGGAGAUGAUCGAACAAGUUUUGUCCAGCAAUCAGACCAUAACGAAACUGCAAAUUUAUGACUUUUUGAAAGAUUGGCUCGGCGUUGGUUUACUUCUUAGCGAUGGUAGAAAAUGGUUUGCACGGCGUAAAAUUAUCACUCCAGCUUUUCAUUUUAAGAUUUUGGGGGAAUUUGUAAAAGUUUUCGAUCAACAAAGUACUAUACUUUUAGACCGUUUGGCAACUAAAGCUGAUGGUGUGAAGAGUUUCGAUAUUCAACCAUUUAUUUGUGCAGCAUCUUUAGAUAUUUUUGCAGAAAGUGCGUUAGGUACAAAAAUUUAUGCACAAACGGAUAAAUGCGUUGAAUAUGCAAAUGCUGUAAAAGAGAUUACUGAUUUAAUAGCUUGGCGUUCGUUAAAACUGCCAUAUCAGAGUGAAUUGAUUUUUUCGUUGUGUUGUCCACAUUUAAAGCUAAGACAAAUAAAAUUAACAAGACUUUUAAAAAAAUUUUCAACACAAAUAAUUGAAAAACGUCGUCAUGAAUUGGAAAUAGACUUGUCUCAAUCCACUGAAGAAAAAUCAAACGAAGACGAUGAGAUGAUUGGUACCAAAAAGCGAAAAGCUCUCUUGGACUUGUUACUUCAAUCCAAUGUUGAUGGAAUUCCGUUAACGAAUGAGGAUAUUCGUGAGGAAAUUGAUACAUUUACGUUUGAGGGACAUGACACAACAACAUCGGCAAUUUGUUUCGCAUUAUUCGAAAUAUCUCGACACCCUCAGGUGCAGGAAAAAAUUUUGACUGAAGUUAAUGAUGUUAUAAAUUUUAGUAGUAGCAAUCCUAUUAAAAUCCAAGAUCUUAACAAAUUAAAGUAUACUGAAUAUGUUAUUAAGGAGACAUUACGUUUGUAUCCAUCAGUGCCUAUUAUUGGAAGAAAAAUUAUGUCGGACUUUAAGUAUUCUCAUUCAAAGAUUGGUGAUGGUGUGUUACCAGCGACUACAGAGGUUUACGUUGACUUUUUUAAUACAAUGCGUGAUCCGGAUAAUUAUGAGAAUCCAGAAGAGUUUAUACCUGAACGAUUUGAGAACAUGAAAAUGGAAUCUGCAUUUGUUUAUUUGCCUUUUAGUGCUGGACCCAGAAACUGUAUUGGACAAAAGUUCGCAAUGUUGGAAAUGAAAAUGAUUUUGGCAAAAGUUGUAACAACAUUUGAGUUAAUAUCAAGUGGGGAAAACUUAGAAUUGGACUAUGCGGUAAUAAUACGUUCAUUGAACGGUUUUCCAAUAAUCAUAAAGAAGCGAGAAGCUGAACAGAUUUGAUUAUUUGUAGAAUAAUAAAUAUGUACAAGUAAAAUAAUGCCGUUACCAUCUUCAGAUUUUUUAUUUUU